AUGAAGAACACACUUCUGUUUUUAAUAUGCUGUCGAAUAUUUCAAUAUGCUCUAGUUAUAUUCUCCCCAUCGCCUGGGUUUGAUACCUCUACGACACUGUUUUUGGAGGAAGCUGGUCUAUGCAGAAAAAUUAGCUUCUGGGAGACUCAUUUAUGGAAUAAACUACUAUCUUGGGAUUCAAUAUAUUUCCUUAAAACAUCGUUACAACCAGAUGCAAAUCCACAAUAUGAACAUGAAUAUGCGUUUUCUCCUCUGUGGGCAUCAGUUAUCCGCUAUACUAGUGUAUUGUGUGGUAUAGAGCUACCUGCAGACUUCAAGUCUGAUACAAAUGCUCAUUAUUUAGAUACAGUGUAUGCAGUUUUAAAAAUUGCAGUAUCUUUAAAUAACUUGCUGAUCCUUAUUGGAUCAAUACUGCUCUGGCACUUAACUGAUAUUUAUUUUUCAAAUACAAAUUAUAGUAAGAAAUAUCGUUUAAGGCUAUGCCGUAUCACAGUUACAAUUUUUUCUGUAUCAUCUAUGGCAGGGUUUAUGACUUCCAUAUAUUCGGAAUCCCUAGCUUUAUGUUUUUCAUUUACAGGCCUGAUAUUCCAUCAUCGGAGUUUAAAUAUAUCACAUACAUUUAAACAUAAUGGAGUUUAUUCCCUAUUAUUAUAUUUUUGGUCGAUGAUUUGCUUUAUAUUAGCUACUCAAGUACGUUCUAAUUGCUUAUUAUUGGGAAUUUAUUAUCUAUUUGAUCUACUUGCUUGUAUAAGGAAUAGUAACAAUAUAAUAUGCUUUAAUAUACCGUUAUUAUCUGGUCUAGGUUUAUUCGUAUCUUGGAUUUACACUCAAUAUUACUUUCCAUUUUGUAAAUUUUGUUUGCAAAAUAGAGGUGAAUGGUGCUUAACUACAUGGAAUAUUCCAUAUUUACCUUUCGUAACUAAGAUAUCAUUAUAUCAAUACAUUCAAUCUAUACACUGGCAUGUUGGAUUUUUAAAAUAUUGGACUAUAAAUAACAUUCCAAACUUUAUAUUUGCCUUACCAAAUAUUGUCAUAUUAAUAUCAGCGUCCGUAUAUUUUAUGAAAGAUAGAACGUUCAAACGUAUACCUUUGAUUUAUAUUAACUUUUCUUUAUGCUUAAUAUUAAUAUUUUUUGCCAAUGUUCAAAUUAUAAAUCGAGUAAGUUCUUUCUUACCUUUACAUCUAUGGUAUAUUGCAAUAAUUUUAAUUAAUCAAUCGAUUUUAAAUGAUAAAAAAUUAAAAGUUAAAAAGGAAAAAAAAACAAUUUCAAAAGACAUUAUUAUUAAAAAAACGUUUCUAGGAAACAAUAUUCAUUAUAUUAUUGUCAACUAUUAUUUAAUCUGGUUAGUUAUAUGGUUCCCAUUACAAACGAUAUUUUUUGCGUCGUUCUUACCCCCAGCGUAA